CCACAUAUAUAACAUUUCAGACAAAUCGCAGCAUUUCGUGUACUACCACAAGCGUGUCCAAAGAAGUCUUGACACUAAAACUUUUGAAUCGCAUUAUAGUAUAGACAUUAUCGUAUAGCUACGUACUAUACCACACUCUACAGACAUUACAUAACUUCACAUCAUCAUGGACGCCGGAACCGCCAUGCACAGGGCAAGGCUCAGACAGCAUUUGCUCAACGGCGAACAGGACAUUGAUGCCUUGUCCCUGCCCAUGUAUUCGCAACAGACCCAGCCGAAUCAGCAGGCUUCAUACUCCAACCACGAUAUAAUGACUCCGCUUCCAGCUCCCAAUUCCGGACCGCGUAAGGGUUCGCUUACUUCACAGUCGGGUAUGAAUCGUUUCUUCCGUCGUGGACGCGAGCCGGGCAACUUCAACGAGGAUUUGGGAGCAGACAUCCAAGAACUCACAAACGGUGCCAACGUGCUGUUUGAAGACAUCUCCCAUAUUCGAAAUCGCGGUCCCUACGGAAUGACCGGUUCUCAUACCUUAGACACCACUCCGAUUAUCCCUACGCUUGGGCCGGCAGGUUCCAACGGGAAGACACCCGUCAACAACAUCCAGUAUCGUAAACAGAUGAACCAACAGAAGAAAAUGGCACUUGCUUCAGGCGCCAGAGCCAUGUCGCUCGCAUCGGGCAACCCCAUGAACCAACAGCAGUUCCAGGGCCAGAACCAGCUUCAAAAUUCCAACGUCAACUUCCAGGGCUAUCCCCAGGUGCAAUACGAUCCCAGAUCCAUGUCAUUAGGAGGAGCACCUCCAGCAAACUAUAACAGAGCCAUGUCGUUGAACUCGAACCCCAACUUCCAACAAGGACCCCGAGCCAUGUCUCUCAAUACUCGGCAGCCAAUGAACAAUAACAUGAACAAUAACAUGAACAAUAACAUGAAUAUGAAUAAGAAUUUGAACCUUCCUAAUACUAAUGGACCCAGAUCGAUGUCCAUGCGUUCGGGCCCCUACAACAUUCCUGGUGCAUUUCCUCAACCAGGUCCCAACGGAAGAUCGAUGUCUUUAACUGGUCAGCAGCAGCCGCAGCAGCCUGGUUACAAUCCAUAUACACAACAGCAGCAACAACAAUUCCAACAGCAGCAGUUCUUACAACAGCAACAACAGAAUUUCAAUCAGCAACAGUAUCAACAGGCAUACCCACGUUCAAAGUCUUUGAACAGUAAUGCCAUGCUUCAACAACAGAAUUUCCAGCAACAAAACAACUCUCUUAACAAUCGUAGCAAUCCUCUCAGUAACCAGGUACUCCCUCCUGUUCCUAUUCAGAACAACUUCCAGCAAUCAAACUCCAACGAUUCGCUUAUGAAUGUAGUAGAGGAAGAAGAAGACAAUGACGAGCCUCCAGCUCCAAAGCAGCAUCCCAGAAGAGUACCUCCUCCAAUUCUGCCCACUUCUGAUUUUCCUCCUCAAGCCAGUAUAGAUCAAGAUUUACAACAUAGUCUUGAUCCAAGUUUAGAACACAGUCAACAUAGUCUUGAUCCUGGAUUAGACAACAAAAUCAAAAUUGAAGAAUCAGAGCCCCAGCCGUUGUCUUCAUCUUCUCCAUUGCGUGAAAACUCAGAGCACGAAGACGAAGAUGCCAUUUACAAGUUUGACGAAGAAGACAAUGAUAACCGUUCCAUUUCCAGAAUGUCCACUAUCAAAAAGUCGAACUCCAUGAGAUUACGAAAACUUAAUUUGUUCAGUAAUGAAAAAGCAGCGCAUGAUCAAUUUGAGACCAAAUUGACUACAGAACGAGAAGUGGAAGAGGAGGAUGACAUCGAUCUUAAUGAAGACGAUGAACCUGUAAACCUAUCUAAUACUCACAAUCAUUCUCCUUCUUUCAACAUAAGGAAUGAUACCCGCGAGUCAAUGCUUUUUGACGAAAAUGAAUAUGAUGCUAGACGUGAGAAUAGAGAAAAGUUUAAGUCUAUUGGAGCCACAGCUUCCAACACGUCUACCUCUACAACCAAAGAUGUAUUUUUGACUGCUUCAGAUAUCACUCCUAUGAAAGAAGGUUUAUCUACACACACCACUCCAUUCAAACCAUUGGUCACUCCUGGAAAGGCAUUACCCUCUCCUAAUCUUCGAUUAGAUGAAGAAAGUGAUAUUGAGAAUGAACAACUGAAUACGACAUUCACGGCUGAGAAUCCGUCUGAUCGCGACCUCAAGGAAAGAGGAUCGCCAGACUUCACAAAACCCAGAAUCCCUAAGAACAACUUCAUUGGACCAAACAGAAGUGCCAGCACUCUGAGCCAGAACAGUCCUGCUCCAUCCAUCAAGUCUAUCAGAGCCAAUACAGCAUUUAACAAUUUCAGAACGUCUCCACAUGAUGGACACUCCCAUUCUCACAAUGAUGACCUUUCAUUUGAUUCUUCUGAAAAGUCACUUUCCCAUAUCAACGAUCUCACCCCAAAGCUUUCUGGUGAACAAAUCAGCGGAUUGAACAGCUCAAACACAGUCGAUAAGUUCUCUGAUCGUAUUCAAGAUGAUGGAUCUCACUAUUCAGGCAACAGUAUUGAUAAUGGCGGACAUGGAGAACUUGUUUCCCACCAAACAACGAACAAGAGUGCCGAUAUUUACGAUCAGUCUACCCCUCCAACCCCUCGUACUACCUACAGUAAUGGUAAUAAUUACAGUCCAACAUAUGCCUCACAGGCGCCACCUCCACCUCCAAUGCAUAACAUUAAUACGAAUGUUCCAGUAGAUGGGUUCAUGAGAUCAAAUAACACCAAUGACCUCAUCAACUCGCCUCUUGAGUUCACCAAGAAUGUGCCUCUAGAAACGAAGACGAAAGAAAAGAGGUCAUCUAGAAAUUUCUCCUUGACAAACAAGUCUAUGAAUAUUUUCAAGAGACUUUCCAAGUCUAGUAAGAGAGCGAGUGGUAAUUACGAUGAGGAAUCUGUAUCUCUGAAACUGAACAGAACGUCGAUCAGUGGGUCUUCGCAAGUUCCUACUGGAGCGGCUCAACAGCGUCGUGCUUCUGGUUCGGUGCCUAUUCAGCUUUCACCAGUAGUUCCGCAGCACGAUAAGUACCAAGCUCCUCCACAACUGCCAUCUAAAGGUCCAUUAACUUUUACAAAGCAGGAGUUGCAUAUUAUGAACUGCAAUAACGAUUUGCUUUUAGAAUUGGAACUUGUCACUACUGAAUUGGCUUCCUCUAUCAAAAGGGAAUUAGCACUUGAAAACAAAUUGAAGAACAGUUCUAGUUCGCCUAACCCUGAUCAAGAUGCUUUUGCAGAAGUGACUGAGAAACUGAGACAGAUUUCUGAUUUACAAGAAAAGUUGAAUAAGGAGAGAAGAUUGCGUUUCAUUAGUGAAGAACACGCCUUGUUGCUGGAACAUGGACAAACACCUUCACCACUCAAGUUGAACUACGAGAAAACCGAACUCUACAAGCAACUUCUUAUCAAAAACGACUUGGUGAACCAAUUGGAGGACAAGCUUCAGGAAUAUGAAGGGGAUCGUAAGAAUCAAGAUCAGAAGUUGUUGGACAAAUACAACGAGCUUUUGAAUGAGAAUUCCGAAUUGAAAUUCAAUGUAAUUCCUGAUUUGGAAAGAAGACUUGGCGAACAGCAACCGCACGGUGAGCACUACAAGGGGAGCGGCUCCAGACAAUUCACACUUUUAGGUAAUGAAUACGAACAAUACGAUGAGUCGCAGGAAGAGAUUCUGACAUUGAAGCAUCAGAGAGAUGAAUUGAGGGAGGUGGUUAGUCAGCUUAGGAACAACCACAGGAACGAGUUGAAGUUAGCCAACGACAAAGUUGGAGCCCUUGAAAAGAGAUUGCAAGACAUGAAAGCCAUUAACGAUAAGUUGAGUGGAAGGCCACAACCUGCUUCCAACACUUCGACGGAUGGAGAAGAAACCCCAACUUUUGGCCAUGACAAUUCAAUGAGUUCUGGAGGUGCCACUAGAUCGGCUUUUCAUGUGACACCUCCACACUCUGCAAAGCAGAACUUCACCCAGAACUCUUUCCACACCAAUGGUAAAAGUGGAAAAUUGCUGGGAUUUACAAUUGUAUCACCUACGAAGAAGUUCUUUGAUUAAUUCAAAUUUAAUGUAUUAUAAGGUUAGCAUUUAUCAUGUAUAGUAUUCAUAUAUAUAUUCAAUUAUUGGGAAA